UAAUUUUGAAAAUAUCCGACCGGAAGUGACGUCGAUAUCCGGUGAUAGCAAAAUCUUGUCUUAGACAGCAGUGGUCAGCUACCAAAGUUAAAUCUUACGUUUAUUCCUUUAACACAAAUGGACUGCUGCAUCGUAUCCGCCCUGUGGUAUUUAAUAGCACUUCAUGCACUUAUUCACUUCCUGUGUUUUGCUUUCGGGGAUGCAGACUACACUUUGCUGUGGGCGAGUCUGUUGGGACACAGGCCAGAGAAAAAGCUGAAAGGGCUGGUGGUGUGGAUCACUGGAGCCUCCAGUGGCAUCGGAGAGGAGCUGGCCUAUCAGCUAGCAAAGUGUGGGUCACGUCUCGUCCUGUCUGCUCGACGUGAGGAUGAGCUCAAUAGGGUUAAACGUGGCUGUUUAGAGUGCUCAGACCUCCAAGAUGAAGAUGUUCAUGUUCUUCCACUUGAUCUGUUGGAGAGGACAUCGCACAAGGAAAAAACAAAAACCGCGAUUCAGUACUUUGGACAUAUUGAUGUCCUAAUCAAUAAUGGCGGCCGCAGCCAGCGCUCUCUGUGCGUGGAGACCAGUGUUGAUGUGUAUGACGCCUUGAUGGAGCUCAACUUCCUGGGUACAGUCUCCAUCACCAAGCAGGUGCUGCCUCACAUGAUGCAGCGAGGCUCUGGGAGCAUUGUGACUGUCAGCAGCAUUGUCGGCCUCGCCGGGGCACCCCUGGGAUCGGGAUACGCUGCCAGCAAACAUGCUCUUCAGGGUUUCUUUAACUCCCUGCGGCCUGAGCUGACUGAUUUUCCAAACAUACUCAUCAGCAUGGUGUGUCCAGGGCCUGUACAAUCACAGAUUGUCCACAAUGCCUUCACAGAGGAAGUCAACAAGCCCCUGUCUGCAGCUGGAAGCCAGGAGCACAAGAUGGCAACAAGUCGCUGUGUGCGUCUAAUGCUGGUGGGAAUGGCCAACGGUGUCAAGGAAAUGUGGAUUGCUCAGCAGCCCUUCCUCCUGUUCUACUAUCUCUGGCAGUACGCACCCACAUUUGCCUGGUUCGUCACAAACGUGUUGGGCAGAAAAAGGGUGCAGAACUUCAAAGCUGGUCUGGAUGCAGACUCUGCAUACUUCACAAAGCCAAAGACCUCCUGAGAGUCACAUCGUCAGGAAGAAAACACAUUUAUUGCAUUCCUCAUCUUCGACCUGAACAGUGAUCCAGCUUUUCCCACAGAAUGUCGAUAUCUUUGCCUUCAUCUCGACGGAAAACCUCUAACACGACUGCUUUAAAAGCUCACAGCUCUCUUCCCACAGCUUUGCAGGAGAGGAUAGAAACUGGUACAUUUUUAUUUCAUUAUGCUUUCAUCUGAAAUGUAAAGUAAAUCCUAUAUGCUGCUAUUCUAAUAUAUCAAGCAUCCUCAGAUUAUCUGAAUUUCUGGCCUAAAGCCUAUUUGAAUUUAUAACAUCAGGAUUAUGGAUUCCAUGUAGGAAUGAAAGACGACUACUAACCUUCUGAAUCCGCUAAUAAAAUUUAGCUUGAAUCAGUUUUCUGCCCAAGUUUGUUCAGUGGAACGUAACAAAACUGCUUCUGCCAAGCUAUUUUAUUAUAAGUAUAUACAGGUCCACAUAUAAAAAUCAACAAUAUGUACAAGAGAAUAUGGACAAAUUCAUCCAACGCUUCAUUCUAAAUUGUAAACAAGUGAAUUGUAAACAAAACAAUAGCACUAAAACACUUUACACAUACAGCGAGACAUACCCAAGGCACAUCCUUGAUAUCUGAACAAAACAUUAAAAUUCUUGUCCCAUUUUUGUGGACAUAAAGGGGGGAGGGGGGGUCACCUGAAAAUGGUUAAAUCUAAAAAGUACAAUAAAACCAGAGGUAUUCAGCAGGUGCCAUCUAGAGGGGGGAGGUGGGCCAAUUUAUUCACUUUCUUUUAAGCACAAACAUUGAUAAACAACCCACAAACGCAUGUGCUUUGUUGGAAACAUAUCGGGGAUUUUCUCCUCUUUAAUGUGCCAUUCUAGGAGGUAGUCCACAUUGUCACUUAUAAUCUGUUAACAUUUUGCAACUUGUACAAGUGUACAGUGGUGAUGCCACUGCGUCUUCGUAUGUGAUGCAGGAAAUGAAGCACCAAUAAAAGUCAAAUUCAUGUCAAAAACAAA